GGACCUGCUUGCUGCCACAUCCUGAGAGCAUCCUUUCUCUGCUUUCUUAACAUCAUCAUCAAAACACAGCGGGAUGACGGGAAAUCACGAGCAGAGCAUCUCUCUUCUUCCCGGUUUGCGGUAGAAUAUCGUCAGCGCUUGCGUUAACGUUUGACUAGCGUAAUGCUACAACAUGAAGCUUUUUCCCUGAUGAAGAGCAGACAUAAUAGCCAGUCUGUGGGAAAACAGUGUAGUUAUCCCGAGCAGAGUCGAGCUGAGCUUCUAGCUUUUUGUGUUUUCUUUUGUCCCCCAGAUUUUUCAAACUAAAUGCUUAUUGAGAGUUUAAAAAAUAUUUUUUAGUAUUUUUUCUCUCUCCCUCGGAUGAUGUGAACAGUUUGUAGUGCUCCAGCAGAGAAGAUGCACAGAUACAAGUAUCCGCCUGACAACAUCAAGGUCGCUUAGGCUUUCCACAUUUAACGCUGCGAGACUAAAGAGGACCGUGUUCACCAUCCAACAAAGUCUGAUGGACCCGUGAGCAGACAUGUGAGAAGAGAUCGACCCAACAGACAUGUCAGCUGACGCUUUACACUUUUCUUCUUUACAACGAUGAACAUCUGAGCCAUCUCUGGUAUCGGCACAUAUUUAGAGCUUUGCAGCACUAGCUACUGAAGUGGACUGCCUUUUAAUUCUGGCAUCAGCCAUAGUUUGAUACUUUGAUGAUGGCCAACUAAACCCUUUACCACAUUUUCAUAUGAGUAUGUUCACAAAGCCACCUUAUUUUGUAGUUUAAAUUGAUCUAUCCAUGCUUUUCACCAGGCUCGAGGAGUGCUGUGAUAAAUAGAAACUAUAGCAUUUAGUACUUUUUGUCAUGCAGGGAAUCUCAGGACACGCCAGAAACAAGCUGGCUGAUCACAUUUUGGGAAAAGCAGGCGUAGGUGAUGGUGUACCUUGCCCAUUCUCAUCAGUAAUCCCAUGACCCCUGCUGAAGUCAGAUCGUUGAGUAUGAAAUAACCUAAUCAGAGAUCUAACAGUAGCCUGAUUUUACCCACAUGUCCGUCGGGAUGAGCGCAUGCCCCUAACCUGGCCACGUCAGCGUUGUCGUGGCUGGCCGCCGCAGGACAGUCGUCUUCCUCUGCCAUGACCCGGCUGAUGUUGGGCCGGACUCUGGAGCGCAUCUGUAAAGGCGUGCUGCUGCUCUGCCUGCUCCAUUUCCUCAUCAUGAUGAUCCUGUACUUCGAUGUGUACUCGCAGCGCUUCGACCUCUUCAGUCGCUUUAACAAUGGCCGCAACGGAUCCAGGAGCAAUGUUAGUGGGGCAGGGAGCGGACAUCAUUAUUACUAUUACAACCUCUCCAGGCCCAACGCCACAUUAGCCAGCUACCUGGCCACAGGCGAGCAGCUGGUGCCAAGUGUGCAGCCGGAGAACACUCAGACACCGUCUCCCAAACCACUGCCACCAUGUCCUGAAAGCCCGCCUGGCCUUGUGGGGCGUUUGUUGAUCGAGUUCAGCUCCCAGAUGACGAUGGAACGAGUGCAGAAAGAAAAUCCCAAUGUGACCGAGGGAGGCCGAUACACGCCUCCAGACUGUCGGCCCAGAUGGAAGCGAGCUGAGCCAUCCUCGCUGUCAGAGGAUGGGUACAGCGGAAGCCCUUUACGUAUGGACAGCAUGGAGUUAAGGACGAGUGGCAGGAUGAAGAUUCCCAGCUACUGA